AUGUCUGGGUCACAUCGUCCCAAUUUCCUCUCUGAGGAAAUGGAAGUACUCCCGACUACCGCAGCCUUUUUCCGCCGGGUUUCUCGCAUCAAUACUCGUAUACCUCCUAUCGCCAGGAAAGCUGCCGUGCCUUGCAAGGUAGCAAAUAUGUCCCAUGACAAACUGCAACAAGAAACCGCGUCUCCGUCGCCCAAUCUGCGUCGUUGCGUCGGCCAUACCGCUGUUCUUCGCAAAUCGAUGGAAGCAACCCAGAAAGAACGCAGACGCCAGAUGCACCGUUUGAGUUACUACGAAGACAACGGACCCAACUACGGAGCCAACGAUAGGACCGAGAUGGACAUUUCUGCCAUCCGAGAACAAGUUGCCAAGACAGUCAAGGCGAUGAUUCGCCGUCGCUCCGUCACAGGCACACCUCGAGGCCCUGGAUCAGAAAAGGCCAGUUCAUUGGCGCGUACAUCGUCACGCGAGUCGCACAAGAGCGAUACGCUUCAACGCGCAACGGAAAAGAAGAACAGAUUUGCUGCCAAGAGUCGGAAAUAUGCAUCCAUGCUUGUGCCUGGGCGGAGGAUGUUCACCUGUCCCUCUCCCAUAUUACAUACGAAUGCCGUCUUUUGA